AGAAGGAUCCACCUCUCCCCUCCCCUCGGCCUGUGAUGGGGGCGUGCUCAGGAUGAUGCCAGGACUUGUGGACUCACCAGGGAUUCACUGUGGUGAGACGCACUGGUGAAGGUUUGAACAGUUCACAGCAGCCUCUUGUCCCUAACAAAGAUGAAGACCUGGGUUGUGAUCUGUUGGGCUGCCUUUGCCCUGGUUUGUGCAGAUGAGUGUCCAGAUGGAGGCAGUUGUGAAGAGGGUCAAACCUGCUGUAGCAGCCCAAACAAUGGCUAUGGAUGCUGCCCGUUUGAUCAGGCUGAAUGCUGUGGGGAUCAUGUCCACUGCUGUCCAGCAGACACACUCUGCAAUCCAGACACGUCCAGCUGUGUGAACGCCACUGUGUCCAUCCCAUGGCAGGAAAGGACCUCUGCCCUCCAACCCACACUCUCUAAAUCCUUCAGGAUGAUCAAGUCUUACAUGGGAGAGGACGAUGAUAACAUCUGUCCUGAUCAGUCACGAUGCCCUGCUGAGUUUUCCUGCCUGAAGGCUUUGACUAAAUUUGGAUGCUGCCCCUUGGCGAAGGGAGUCUCCUGCUCUGAUGGGAAGCACUGCUGUCCUGAGGGCCACCAGUGCAGCUUAGACAGCCGCUCCUGCAUCAAGAAAGAAAAUGUGGCAGCAGUUUUGUGUAGUGAUGGCGUGUCAGAGUGUCCUGAUGAAACAACCUGCUGUGAAACUCCAGAAGGCAAGUGGGGAUGCUGUCCAAUGCCAAAGGCUGUGUGCUGCGAGGAUAAGGAACAUUGCUGCCCUGAUGGGACAACAUGCGACACUGAACAAAUGAAAUGCAUUUCCAUAUCUACCAAAAAAGUGCUGCCAAUGUGGGCCAAGUUCCCUGCCAGGCUGAGGGCAGACUGGGAGAACCAGAAAGAGGAUGAAAAAAUAACUGCCAAGGGUGCAGACGGGGAUGAAACUGAGAAAUCCACUGAAGUAACCACAGCCAAUCCAGUUCCUUCCUUGAAAGAGGAAGUGACUGAGUCAUCUGUUGCUAAGGCAGAUGCAGCCAAUAAUGUACCUUGCAAUGAAACAGCUGCUUGUCCUGAUGACAGCACCUGCUGUAAAAACAGUGCGGGUGACUGGGCUUGUUGUCCUUUACCUGAGGCUGUUUGUUGUGAAGAUUUUAUCCACUGCUGCCCAAAAGGAAAAAAAUGUAACAUGGAGGCAGGGAAAUGUGAAGAUGCCACAUGCUCUGUCCCCUGGUUCAACAAGAUUUCGACAAUCCCCAGAAAGGUUGUGAAGGUACAGGUUAAGAAUGUCACAUGCGAUGAGACCUCCUCUUGUCCUGAUGAAACCACCUGCUGUAAAACCAAAGAGGGUGGAUGGGCCUGCUGUCCUAUGCCAGAGGCUGUUUGCUGCGAAGAUUUUAUACAUUGCUGUCCAAAAGGUAAAAAAUGCAACCUGGCAGCACAGACCUGUGAUGAUGGGCUACAAUCCGUGCCCUGGGUGGAGAAGGUACCCUCCAUUCCCAGACUGGGCGAGCAGACACGGAUGGAGAAUGUAACAUGUGACGGAACCGCCUCUUGCCCUGAUGGAACCACCUGCUGUAAAACCAAAGAGGGUGGAUGGGCCUGCUGUCCUAUGCCAGAGGCUGUUUGCUGCGAAGAUUUUAUACAUUGCUGUCCAAAAGGUAAAAAAUGCAACCUGGCAGCACAGACCUGUGAUGAUGGGCUACAAUCCGUGCCCUGGGUGGAGAAGGUACCCUCCAUUCCCAGACUGGGCGAGCAGACACGGAUGGAGAAUGUAACAUGUGACGGAACCGCCUCUUGCCCUGAUGGAACCACCUGCUGUAAAACCAAAGAGGGUGGAUGGGCCUGCUGUCCUAUGCCAGAGGCUGUUUGCUGCGAAGAUUUUAUACAUUGCUGUCCAAAAGGUAAGAAAUGCAACCUGGCAGCACAGACCUGCGAUGAUGGGCUCCUGUCUUUGCCAUGGGUCGAGAAGACACCAUCAAUUCCCCGACUGGAGGAGAAGACACUACAGAAGGACGUUACCUGUGACGCAACCGCCUCUUGUCCUGAUGAAACCACCUGCUGUAAAAACAAAGAGGGCGGAUGGGCCUGCUGUCCUCUACCUAAGGCGGUCUGCUGUCACGACCAUGAGCACUGCUGCCCUGAAGGCACCACCUGUGAUGCGACCAGCACAAGUUGUCUACAAGCUUCAGGGUCAACCCCCAUGUUCAAGAAGAUCCCUGUGUUUACCACCACAGCACCCACUACAGUGGCAACAACAACUGAAAGCUUGGUGACAAGCACACCAGAGACGAAUGUAGAGAUUCCUUCACAAGAUGAUGAAGAGGAGGGGACAGAAGAGGACAGGAAUCAGUGCGACGAGCAUACCAGCUGCCCUCUGGAAACCACUUGCUGCUUCAUGGCUGCAUCUAAAAAGUGGGGCUGUUGCCCACUGCCGAAGGCUGUGUGCUGCACCGAUGGGAGCCACUGUUGCCCUGAAGGCUACAAAUGCAACGAGGAGGAGAAUACAUGCCUCCAAGGAGAAGUUCAGAUCCCGUGGUACACCAAAAUCCCAGCCAUCAGCAGAGUUCAGGCUGAUGACAGCAACAUGCGGUGCGACGACGACCACCACUGUCCUGAACACACAUCCUGCUGCAUGCUGUUUACGGGCGAGUGGGGCUGCUGCCCGCUGCAAAAUGCUGUGUGCUGCUCAGAUAAGGAGCACUGCUGCCCACAGGGCUACAGCUGUGACGUCCUCUCUAAGACCUGCCAGAAGGCCAUCAUGCUGCAGCUGGAGACUCUCCCACUGACACCAGUGUUUCUACCGGAGUACCAUCUUCAGCUAACUCCGUUAAAACACAAAGAUGUCCUGUGUGACGAGCAGACCAGCUGCCCUGACAACGAGACCUGCUGCAGGACAUCAUCCACCACCUGGGGCUGCUGUCCAUCUCCUAAUGCUGUAUGCUGCAGCGACAUGAAGCACUGCUGCCCUCAAGGCUCCACCUGCACUGAUGAAGGUUCCUGCACCCAGAGCUCGCCACUCGACUGGCUGAACUGAAACAUGUUCCUCGCCAACAAGAAGAGAGCACUUAUUCUAUGAGAAUAUUAGGAUGCUGAGAUUAUGUCUAAAUUAAUAAUAAAAAAAUACAUUCAAUACUUUUUGUUAGGUAAUUGUGCUAAUUGAUGAAGGGAGCGCAUUGAAACAGAGCUGUAAGUGUAGGUGGGCUUGGAUUAAAAGGUUCCUGUCUGCAGGUUUUCCAUGCAAUACAAGCUCCUUUUAUUCUCUUGCACACACAGUUUAAUACUUGAAACUCUAAUCAAGAAGAAAACUGAAACACUCCACAUGUAAUAUUAAUCUUCUCAUUUAAUCCCUGUCACAGUCUUCUGCAGCAUUCCUAAUCAAAAAUUAUUAAUUAAUAAAACUGUUUUUCUUUUAUUUCUCCUCAUGGUGAUUAAACAAUAAUCACUGUGGGUUAACUGUUACACUCUAAUUACUGAUGAAAAAUAAAAAUAAAUAUCUUAAGUUUGUAAAUCAGUUUAACUCACAAGAAAUUAUUUUAUGUUCAAUAGGUUUAAUCACUAAAACCGAAUGUGGAUUUUAUCUGGUGCAGCGUAUUGAAGAACUGAUCUGAUUUCUCUGUUUUCCAUCCAAACAAUAAACAAGAAAUUAAAACUUU